GUUUUGAUUUUUAGCGCCACUUUUCAAAGAAAAACAGUAGCUGCUCAAAUUGGUCAAACGGUCAGUUGCUCGUUGGCGCCUUGGCGGUUGCUGGCUUGGUGCUGCAAGUUGCAAGGCAAACAGCGUCUUCAACAUUUUUUAACACAUUCCUUUAUCGUGUAAAAUUACACGUGUUUUUACAAUAGUCGUUCUAAAAACCCCUCGUAUACCGUAGAAAUAAGGUAGAAACAAUGGUAAAAGAACAGUAUCGAGAAACUGAUGUGAUCAGAAAGAUAGCUAAAAUAAGCUUUGGAAUUGAGAGCCCCCAUGAAAUCCAACAACAAGCCCACAUUCAAAUAGUGAGCGAAAAACUGUAUCUGGAGAAUUCUUCUGGUAAUCAAGAUUCUUCCAGAACACCCGUUCAAUAUGGAAUGUUGGACAGGAAAAUGGGGAUGAGUGUUAAAGAUGCGACAGAACGUCUGGGACAGAUGAUCCGGGACAGAACGUCUAGGAUCCGUUUGGUUACGAAUUUAUGAUGGAAAAAAUAAAAAUUUGCGAAGAAAUUUUUUAUUAAGAAGAAUUUGUGGAAUAACAACGAAACAGUUAUAAAAAUGUGAUGAUAAAAAAACUUUUAUAUCGACAAUUUCUUGUUUCCUUCAUAAUUUUUGAGAGUAAGAAUCGUUGGAAUAAGAGAAAACUUUUUCCAUAUGUUUUGCAUCAUUUUGCCAUCAUCUUUGACUUCCCCUUAGUCUCAACAUGACGAAUGGAAUCCUUUAACUUACUAUCCUUGGAAAAUCAAGUAUCACAUUACUUUUUAAAUCCUAAAUUAACAUCAUUGCUGCUCAUAUUUUCAGUAUUUUAUAGAGAAUAUUAUAACCUAUCGUUUCUCCGAGGGCGCACUUGUCCAACCUUGUUGCCAAAAAAAA